AUGGGAGUGAAGCAAACCCCACCAGUCCAGGUGAAAGUAAGCGACGCGGAUUCCACCAACAGAAGGAAAUCUAGUAGCCAGGAAGGAAACCCUCAGCUGGUUCAAUUAAAGGCAAAGAGCGACAAAGAUAAAAGAAAGGGAUCUUCAGAUUCCACUGCCUCUAUAAUGGGCAGUUCCAACGCACUUCCGACCAAAAACCUAACCACGCCUCCAGCACUAAACCCCUUAACGACCAGCAUUAGUAGGGGUAAUACUGCAUACGAAAGAAGCGUAAAUGGUAGCCGUAUAACAAUGCACUCAAACCUGGCACCUACGGAGACGCAAGACGUAUCAUGGUCUGAAAUCGAUACACUGGAUGAUGUGAAGAAGAUGGCGAAAGAACCUAUCGUCAACGACGGGUUCCCACGAGAUUUUGAGAGCAAUCUCACGCAAAUGCGCAAGUCGCACGCUCAACUACUGCGAUUAAUGAGGGAAAGAAAUCAGCGACUAAAGUAUGCCAAGCUGAGGAGCCCUCCUCAUAAGGAUCAGCAUAAUUCUGCCACGAAUAAAGAUCAAGAACCAGACGAGGUAUUGCAUGACCCGGAAAUCGCACUUGACGGUGAGAAGUACGUGAGCCAAGUUGUCGAUACUAUUAAAGAUGUUCACCGAUGCUGA